AUCCAACAUGAUUUACGGUAAUCUCAGUAAACCCAAAAGUGUCAACGACAGAUUGGUGAGUUGCUUGAACAGAGUAAUCCACUUUAACAAGGAAUGAAAUCUCACAACUGCUAGACACAAGCAACAAAUGAGCAACAAUUGCACUCAAUGGACGUAUUGCCACGAUGUGAGAAACAAAUGCAAAGUAUCGCCUAAUUUGCAUCGCAACAAUGCUAGUUUGCAACCGCCAUAGCUAUAUAUAUAUUGUAGGUUGUUACAGUCAGUAGCUUGUUUUGUUAUCGUAAGCCUGUUAACUUGUUAGAUUUGACAGCAAGCAAGGUUUGACAUGGAAUGUAUGUUGCUCUUAGUCGGAUAGCAACAUAGCUAGUCAUACCAAUCUUUUGAGUACCAGUUUACUAGCUAGCUAACUAGCUAGUAAAGAGCUAGCUACCAGUUUAGCUAAUUUACCUUGUGCAUUGCGAACGUUAGCUAGCUAACGUUAGUUGUCAACAGGAAAUACAACACUUCCCACAAAAUUAGCGAAAUACCUUAAGCGGUCAUCUAGUUAGUCUGUUAACGUUGCUUUUGGUCAGAUUAGAAUGGAUAACCAACUUUGACCGUUUGUGUCAUUAUCUAACGUAAGCAAGAUAGCUCAUUAACACAAGUUGCAAACUUGAGUUAAAGUGACUCUUAAGGGUAAAUUCAAAAUGUGGCUCCAGCAAAGACUAAAGGGCCUACCAGGUGUGCUGUCAAGCAGCUGGGCUAGAAGAAUGCUCAUUGGACUGCUGGUUUUCCUCAUAUUCUACUGGUACCUUAGCUCAGAUGGUGCUUUGAGGUUGUUUAGUGGCUCAGGCCAAUCAGGGGGGCCGGCCGGACAAUGCCUCCAGACUGAGAUCCACAGGUGGAAGUCACUGGUGGACAGGGGGGAGGGAAUUUACAGCACUCCCCAGGAGAAAGCGGUCACGCCUUUUGUCUCAGGUAACGGCCAUUUCCUGGUGGACAUUGACUCCAACAGACUGUGGGUGGCCUCGUCCUCCCAGCCCGGGUCGGCCCCUGUCCACCAGACUGAGUAUUCGCCCAUAGUGGGUGUCCACGUCCCUGGGAAGCGGGCCGAGGCGCGGGCCACCAUGCUGUGGUUCCGCAAAGGGGCCGUCCUGUCCGUCCACUGUGUCCUCCCGGGGGGCACCAGCAGCUCCGUGUCAGCCCGUGACUGCCUCACCGUCCGAGAGGAGUUCAUCGCCCACCGCAGCCGGCCCAAUGUCUACCUCCAGAGGAUCCAUGUCAACAACCCCUCGGAGCGGGCCGCCACCCUGGAGGUUUCCACUGAACCACCCUCGUUCGGGAGCAAGUUCUCAGCCAGUGUGGAGAAAGUGGAGGACAAAGAGGUGGUGCUGUCGUCGGGCCGCGUGGUUCUGCCGGAGAAGAACCAGAUAGUGCUGGUGGUGGUGGCCACCAAGAAACUGGGCAGCCGCAUCCAGGUGGCGGCCAAGUCGGAGUACACAGACAGUGUGCUGUCGGUGGUGUGGACGUCGGAGCCCAUUGAGUCGACCAAGUUGCAGGAGACCUUCACUAGGCUUAGAGAGGGGGCCAAGAAAGAGCUGGGCGAGCUGCUGAGGGCUAAUGUAGAAGAUCUGGUCCAGGACCACCAACAGGCCUGGAUGGACCUCUUCAUUUCUGGUAUGUGAAAGUCAAGGCUGAGAUGCCAUGUCUUUUCUCUUUACAGUGCAAAUACUGUGGGAGUUAGUAUGUGAGAGUUUUCUCGUAGACUGUGCAGGACAAAACAAUUAAUGGAUGGGGUAGUUCCAUUUGAUUUCAAUCACUUUUUGACCGCACCCCUUUUGAUUUUAACAAAAUGUUCCAUACAUAUUUGCCUAUGAUAGAAGUGGUCAGAAAGUGAUCUUUUAGACCUGAAUGCCAAAACAUUUAGUAGAUAGAGGUGCUCAAAGUUCACCCAUUUUGCAUACCCCACCCUACCAUGAGACAUGUCUUCAUCACUGGAAAAGAUAAACGGUUUAAUUUGAUAUAAUUUAAAAGCUUACAAAUAGGGUUGUCAAACAGGCUUUUAAAUAAAAAUUGUCAUUUUUGUAUUCUUUAACGUCAAUUAUCAAAAAAUACGUAAACUUCUUUUUCAAGUAUGUUGUAGCUUAGACCCUAUUUUACACCAUCUAAGGUGUUUGUGUUGUGUCCCGCCAUCAGUUGGGAAGCAGCUUACGGGCACGCUUCAUAUACAGCAGCAUCGUACGCUGAAACAUCAGAAGCCAUUCACUUUCAUUGGAAGGAAAGCAAGAGAGAAGCGGACUGGGCGGGGGGAACCGUUGAGCAAUGCAAGCAUGGGCGAGGGAGCUGAACAGGGUGGGACUAAAGUUGGGGAUAGAUUAACUUUAUGCAGAUCCUCCGUGAUAUCGUGGCGCUAGUGACCAGUCGAAGCUCACCAUGGCUUCCAGACCCUACUGGAUUGGCUGACAAUGGCUGUUGAUACCUAGCACUACCGAGCUUGCUUGCUUGCUAGCACCCACAUGAGGGUGAAGCUAACGUGGCUAGGCGAGUUUCGCUUGUAUAGUUAAAACACACUGAUACUCUUGAAUACAGGGUGGGUGUCAAUUUAAUCAUAGAUGGACAUAUCCCUUCAGACCACUGUAUUUUAGCUGGUACAUCAUUAACAUUUCAAAGAUUGCCGCCGGUCCACCCACCUUCGAAUGUUAUCUAUAUUUUCUAUGAUUUCAGUAGGUUUCCAGUGGAAGAUUGACAGUAUAAUUUAAAACUGAUAUUCCAUUUCAAGUCAACAUUCUCUGAUGUGUGGACCUCCAACCAACCAUCUUUGGGCUACCAUUUGAAAGUUGAAAUUUCAAAUGUAUUCCCAUUUUAGUACAUUAAUCAGCCAAAACAUGACACCCACCCUGUAUUCAAGAGCAUGCUGUUUCUCAACCGACGGCGGGCACAGCACAAACACGUCAGAUAAUGUAAAAUAGUCUAAGCUACAACAUAUAUAUUUUUAACAGUGUGUUUUUAGAUCAUUUACGUUAAAGAAAAAAAAAAGACAUUUUUAUUCAACUAUUUUUUCAAGAAAUUAUUAUACUUUGGCAGUCCUGUUUGUAAGCUUGUAAAUUAUAUCAAACUCAACCUUUCAUAUUUUCCAGUGAUGAAGACAUGGAUGCUUUAUGGUAGGGUGUGGUAUGCAAAAUGGGUCAACUUUGAGCACAUCUAUCCCCUAAAUGUUUUGGCAUUCAGGUCCAAACAGUUACUCUCUGACCAGUUCUAACAUGGGCAAAUAUGUAUCAAAUGUUUUGUUCAAAUCAAAAGGGGUGCGGUCAAAAAGAGAUUGCAAUCAAAUGGAACGACCCGAAUGAUAUUAACACAGCCCAGUAUUUACAAAAUAUACUAGCAUUCAAUCUGAUCAUGAUGAAUAACUAAGCUAAUGAAUUAUGUAGUUCGAGUUCAAAUGACUAUGUAGACCUUUUCUGUUCCCACAUCUACUGUGUGUGUCUCCUGCAGGGGUGGAGAUGCGUAAGAUCACUGACGCGCACACGCCGUCCAGCGCCACGGUCAACACCACGCUCUACUACGUCCUCUCGGCCUCGCCGGCGCCCCUGCUGGACCGCCGUCUGGGCGCUGAAGAGCGCGCCCGUCUGGAAUCCAGCCUCAACUACGCCGACCACUGCUUUAGUGGGCAUGCCACCAUGCAUGCCGAGAACCUGUGGCCGGAGCGGGUCAGCAGUGUGGCCCAAGUCCUGCAGCUGGUCACCCUGUGGACCCUCACCCUGCAGAAGAGGGGCUGCAAGGUGCUUGUGGCGGCGGGUGCCCAUGGCGUCAUGCAGGGUGCCGUGCUCAGCUUCGGAGGCCUCUCCUUCAACGAAAACCACCUGCAGUUCCAGGCGGACCCGGACGUGCUGCACAACAGCUAUGCGCUGCGUGGCAUCCACUACAACCAGGACCUGAUCAACCUGGCUGUGCUGCUGGACGCCGAGGGCAAGCCCUUCCUGCAUGUGUCAGUCAAGCCCCAGGAGAAGCCCGUAGCACUGUACGCCUGCGAGGCGGGCUGCCUCAACGAGCCGGUGGAGCUGACGUCGUCAAUGGUGGAGGCCAAGGGCCACGUGUUCCCGGUGAUGGUGACGCAGCCCAUCACACCACUGCUCUACAUAUCCACAGACCUGCGCCACCUGCAGGACCUGCGGCACACACUGCACCUCAAAGCCAUCCUGGCACACGAGGAGCACAUGGCCAAGCAGGACCCAGGCCUGCCCUUCCUCUUCUGGUUCGGCGUGGCAUCGCUUAUCACCCUCUUCCACCUCUUCCUCUUCAAGCUCAUCUACAACGAGUACUGCGGCCCCAGCGCCAAGCCCCUCUUCAGGAGCAAGGUAUAAUAACACAAACACAACAAACUGCUUUGAACUGAUGAACAAAAAAAACUGUCCAAAUUGUCCUCUUCUCACUUAGUUUUUUGGGUGUGGUGGUGAAUUCCCUUUCACUUUCAUUCCUCUUCGGGUGUCUUUCUCUGUCUCAGCGGGGACAUAGUUUGGAUGUGUGGAAUGUUGUUUGGAUAAUUGCUGUGCACAGCCUCAACCUUUUUACUGCUCUCUUCCGUACAAACAAGAAAUGAUUUGGUGAUUUCUCAUUUUCUAUGUGUGAAAGGAAUCAGUUUGAGAAGACAUUUGAUGACAAAUGCUCUAAUCGGAAAGUAAGGCACAAUUUAUUUUGUAAUGGGUAGCAUAUUAGGAAUAUAUUCUAACAUGAGCCAUGUCAAUUUAAUAUGAAAACUUCUGUGUCAUUGAACGCACCA